GAGUUAAUUCAGCAACAGAAAUCGAAGCAACUACAGAUUCUCCAAUGGCGGAAGGAAUCGUAAUUCCAUAGGUUUCCGUCAUCCUACACAAUAGCACCAACUCAACACUCCGGAGAUGAGUGAGAUCUUCUUCGGCAAGAGAAAUAGCGUUCUUAACGUGCGAUCAUCGUCUGUAUGAGAAGUUUUUUCACUACGUCUCGUUUUUUGGUUCACCAGAUACCAUAAGGAUUACUUUGUUCAAGUCUGCAGAGAAAUGUCUGAAGAGCAUGAAAUUAAUUGUCCAAGAGUGAAAUUGGGAAAGCAGGGAUUAGAGGUUUCCAAGUUGGGAUUUGGUUGUGCCGGCCUAACUGGAGGUUACCAUGAUCCUCUCCCAGAAGAAGUUGUAAUUCAAGUCAUUAAGGAUGCUUUCAGGAAGGGAAUUACAUUCUUUGAUACAGCAGAUGUAUAUGGAGCCAAUGCUAAUGAAAUUCUUGUUGGGAAGGCCUUGAAGCAGUUGCCAAGAGACAAAGUCCAACUAGCAACCAAAUUUGGGCUUGUCAGUGCGACACCCUCUCGUAUGCAAAUUAAUGGCACCCCUGAAUACAUAAGGAAGUGUUGUGAAGCUAGCCUUAAGCGUCUUGAUGUGGAUUACAUUGAUCUGUAUUAUCAGCACCGAGUUGACAAAUCAGUUCCAAUAGAGGACACUAUGGAAGAACUUAUGAAGUUAGUAGCAGAGGGAAAAAUAAAGUACAUAGGAUUAUCUGAAGCAAGUCCGGAUAUCAUAAGAAGGGCACAUGCUGUUCAUCCCAUUACAGCAGUACAAAUGGAAUGGUCUUUGUGGACUCGGGACAUCGAAGAAGAGAUAGUCCCACUCUGCAGGGAUCUUGGCAUUGGAAUAGUGACAUACAGCCCUCUUGGUCGUGGAUUUUUUGCUGGGAGAGCAGUUCUUCCUGCAAAUGGUUAUUUGGUAUGAACUACUAACAGCAUAUGACAGAUCAUUUUCUCCAAAUUGUCAUUUAUUCUUAUGGUUUAUUCAACUUGCAUAGUGGUGAGUUUAAUAAAUUGUUCUGAUCAAGGCC